AUGAUCAAGCUUGUCUGCCUCUGCAUUCUUUCCACCCUGCUUGGUACAUCUGCCUAUAAUCCAGACCACAUAGCUGGUGCCACUCCCCCCUACUUGGUCUACCUGAAGUCUGAUUACUUGCCCUGCACAGGUGUUCUGAUCCGUCCUCUUUGGGUGAUCACAGCUGCGCACUGCAAUUUACCGCAUCUUCAAGUGAUUCUUGGAGUCACAAACCCAGCAGACGCCACUGAAGAGAAUGUCACGGUGACCGGUUAUGAGAAAAUGAUCCAGCACCCAUUCUUUUCCAUCUCUUCUAUUUCGUAUGACCUCAUGUUAAUCAAGCUGAAAACACUGGUCGAACCCAGGAAGUAUAUAAAAGCAGUCGAACUGCCCCAAUACAUCAUCCCCGAGAAUACCAUGUGUUCUGUCUCCACCUGGGCCUACAAUCUGUGUGACACCACCAAGGAUCCUGACUCACUGCAGACUGUGAACAUCUCUGUGAUCACCAAUGCUGAGUGCCGUAAUGGCUAUAAAGCCUAUGACAUCAAAGAAAACAUGAUCUGUGUGGGCAUCGUGCCAGGACGAAGGCUACCCUGCAAGGAAGUGUCGGCUGCCCCAGCAGUCUGCAAUGGUGUGCUUUAUGGAAUCCUGUCCUAUGCAGACGGCUGUGUUCUGAGGGCUGAUGUUGGUAUCUAUGCUAGCAUCUUUCACCACAUGCCCUGGAUUGAAGAUACCAUAAAAAAUAACUGA